UCCAAACCCCGCAGCGCCACUGUCUCUUCACUGUUCAGGUUCAGCCCAACAAUAUCCUGCUUAACUACCGCUGUCACAAAGAAACGGGACAUGGUGCAGCAUAAAGGAUGACUUCCACUGAGGACGUUAGUUUGGCAAGAGCCCCACGGGAACUCACACAGAAUCCUUUAAAGAAAAUAUGGAUGCCGUGUAAAAAUGGGCUUCCUGAAAAGAAUAUUUCACAGAGAAAGGUAUGUAUGACCAACUGUCCCACCCUCAUUGUGACGGUUGGACUGCCCGCCAGAGGGAAGACUUACAUUUCGAAGAAGCUGACCCGCUACCUCAACUGGAUAGGUGUACCUACCAAAGAGUUCAAUGUGGGCCAGUACAGAAGAGAGUGUGUGAAGAUUUACAAGUCCUUUGAGUUUUUCCGUCCAGACAACGAGGAGGGCCUGAAGAUCAGAAGGCAGUGUGCAUUGGCGGCUCUGAAUGAUGUCCGCCAGUACCUGAGUGUGGAGGGAGGGCAGGUGGCGGUGUUUGAUGCCACAAAUACCACCAGGGAGAGGAGAGGGACCAUCACUAGGUUUGCUGAGCAGAAUGGCUUUAAGGUGUUUUUUGUAGAGUCAGUGUGUGAGGACCCAGACGUGAUAGCAGAGAACAUAGUACAAGUGAAGCUGGGUAGUCCAGAUUACAUUGACUGCAACACAGAGGAGGCUGUAGAGGACUUCAUGAAGAGGAUCAAGUGUUAUGAGAACUCCUAUCAGCCUCUGGAUGAGGUGCUAGACAAGGAUCUGUCCUACAUUAAGGUCAUGGAUGUGGGCCGGCGCUACCUGGUCAACCGGGUUCAGGACCACAUCCAGAGCCGCAUCGUCUACUACCUGAUGAACAUUCACAUCACCCCACGCUCCAUAUACCUGUGUCGCCACGGCGAGAGCGACCUUAAUGUCAAGGGACGCAUCGGUGGAGACUCAGGCUUGUCUGACAGGGGCAAGGAGUUUGCCAAAUGUCUUGGGAGGUUUAUCCAGGACCAGAACAUAAAGGACCUCAAGGUUUGGACGAGUCAGAUGAAGAGGACGAUCCAGACUGCUGAGGCACUCGGCGUGCCUUAUGAACAAUGGAAAGCCCUCAACGAGAUAGACGCAGGUGUGUGUGAGGAGAUGAUGUAUGAAGAGAUCCAGCAGCAUUUCCCUCUAGAGUUUGCCCUGAGAGACCAGGACAAAUACCGCUACCGCUACCCUAAAGGAGAGUCCUAUGAGGACCUGGUGCAGCGGUUAGAGCCGGUCAUUAUGGAGCUGGAGAGGCAGGAGAAUGUGCUGGUCAUCUGUCACCAGGCCGUCAUGCGCUGCCUGCUGGCCUACUUUUUGGAUAAGACUGCAGAGGAGCUGCCUUAUCUGAAGUGUCCUUUGCACACUGCAUUGAAGCUGACCCCUGUGGCUUAUGGCUGUAAAGUGGAAUCUGUAGCCUUGAAUGUGGACGCAGUAAACACUCACAGGGACAGGCCAGAGAAUGUAAAUAUAUCACGGCUGGCGGAGGAAGCCCUGUUCACAGUCCCCGACCACCAGUGAUCCCUGACAACACCCAAGAUACCUGUGACAUCUCUCACCAUUGCCACUUUCACUGGAACCACUAUCAGCGAUCAGUCUUUUUCUAUUUUUUUUUCUUCCUCAACGGGAUAGAAAAGUGCGUCCUGUCCUUUUCAUUGGACAGUUUUUCUUUAAAUUGUAAUUGUUUAACACUUUACACCUGCUCCUUCUUUCCUCGGCAAUGAAUAAAUAGACAACUGGAAUCCAGUUCUUUGGUGAAUGACCCCACUGUUGGGGUGUGUGUGUUUGUGUAGGUAUGGCCAUCCCAAGGAGCAUCUCCUGAUGUAGUGAUUUUUUUUAACCUUAUGACUUAAUAAACAAAG